AUGUCCCCUUUUGAGGCUCUUUAUGGACGCAAACUACCCACCAUUCUACCUUAUGCUAGAGGUUCCCCUUCUAUUCAAGUGCUUGACGAGGCUCUCACUUCUCUUGAUGAAUUAUUAUGCACUUUAAAGGACAAUUUGAAUGUUGCUCAACAUCGUAUGCAUCAGAAAGCCAAUGCGCAUCAUCAUGAUGUAACCCUAGAUGUUGGUGACUUCGUUCUCGUGCGUCUCUAG